UCCCUUUUCCAUUUCUUCCAAACAGUUGAAUUUGAAAGCAUUGUAUGAUCGAGAGAAAGGGAGAAUCAACAAUGGGGAUUUCUCACAGCUGCUUCUCUUCAUUCACAUUGCUACUCAUUCUGUUGUUCGUUUGUGUCAGUGCCACAGCCCAGAAAACAGAGCUGAAUUCGAGGCUUGCUGAGGGAAACAAAUUGCAGGAUUUAAACAAGUCAUCAAUGGCACACCAGUUCGAUGAUGAGAAAUGGAGAAAUGAGCAUGCUGUGGAGAAUCCAGAGGAAAUUGCUUCAAUGGUUGAUAUGAGCAUAAAAAAUAGUACCGUGAGGAGAAACUUGGGAUAUUUCUCGUGCGGAUCAGGGAAUCCGAUCGAUGACUGUUGGCGGUGUGACCGGCUAUGGUAUCGUAGGCGGAGACGCCUUGCGAACUGUGCCAUCGGGUUCGGACGCAAUGCCGUCGGUGGUCGUGAUGGAAGGUACUACGUUGUGACUGACUCUGGUGAUGAUGACCCUGUGAACCCUAAGCCAGGGACCCUGCGCCAUGCUGUUAUCCAAGACAGGCCUCUUUGGAUCGUGUUCAAGCGUGACAUGGUGAUCACGUUGAAGCAGGAGCUGAUCAUGAACAGUUUUAAGACGAUUGACGCUCGUGGUGUCAAUGUUCAUAUCGCUUACGGUGCCUGCAUCACCAUCCAGUUUGUCACCAACAUUAUCAUCCAUGGACUCCACAUUCAUGACUGCAAGCCCACAGGGAAUGCCAUGGUUCGAAGCUCCCCGUCUCAUUAUGGAUGGAGAACCAUGGCGGAUGGGGAUGGCAUUUCGAUCUUCGGUGCGAGCCAUAUCUGGAUCGACCACAACUCACUGUCUAAUUGUGCUGAUGGACUUAUCGAUGCAGUAAUGGGAUCCACAGCAAUUACAAUCUCGAACAACUACUUCACUCAUCACAAUGAGGUUAUGCUAUUGGGACAUAGUGAUUCUUAUGUAAGAGACAAGCAGAUGCAAGUCACCAUUGCUUAUAACCACUUCGGUGAGGGUCUUAUCCAACGAAUGCCGAGGUGUCGACACGGAUAUUUCCAUGUAGUGAACAAUGACUAUACACAUUGGGAAAUGUAUGCAAUUGGCGGAAGCGCCGAUCCCACCAUUAACAGCCAAGGCAACCGUUUCCUUGCCCCUAAUAACCCCUUUGCCAAGGAGGUUACAAAGAGAGAAGGCGGAUGGAAUGGUGAAUGGAAACAAUGGAAUUGGAGAUCGGAAGGAGAUCUGUUGUUAAACGGAGCAUAUUUCACUCCAUCAGGUGUAGGAGCAGCUGCUAGCUAUGCCAGGGCCUCGAGCUUAGGUGCCAAAUUGUCUUCCUUGGUCAGCAUCAUUACUUCAAAUGCAGGAGCUCUUGCCUGCAUCAAUGGCCGAAUGUGUUAACUCACGUUGUCUUAACCGAAAUUCCAAGCAAAAGGAGAUGAAAACCUACUUGUUUUCUUCCCAUAUGCAUAUAAUUAUGUUGUUCCAUAUAGCACGUAGUGUAAAACAUUUCACUUGUCAUAACAUGCCAUUGAUCGACCUCGGCCUCUUUUAAGCUGCGUUAGUGUUGCUCAUUUCCAUGUUUUUGCUUCUCUUUGUAAUUAUGUAUUUCCUCUUACCAGUCUAAUGACUCAAAUUGCUGCUUACU